GGGACGGUCCAAUCAGCGCAGAGGAGCGUGGCGGCCAGCUGAAUUAAGCACCGACAGCUAAAAUCCGACCUGUUGUUUAAGCGAAAAUUGCAGAUUUCCCGAGUCGUCAAAACUGGUGCUGCACAGGUGAAUUACAGGAUGAUCGCCAUGAGGUCCGGACUGAUUUUGCUCUGCGUGCUGCUGCCGUUCGUCUCACCUAAAGCCAGCCCAAGGCAACUCAAAUGUCUCGUUUGUAAAUCACUCGUGGAGGAAAUUGACAAGGAGGUGGCCAAAGCGAACCCAGAGCACACCAUUGAGGUUGGAAGCUACAGGCUGGACACUAAUGGCGACAAAAGACAGAGAAAGAUCCAGUAUGCUCGGUCUGAGCUGCAUUUAAGCGAGGUUUUGGAUUCCGUCUGUGAUAAAUUUGAGGACUACGUGCAAGCCGCUUACAAGACUAACCACCAGCCGAUGAUUUUCAAAAUCGUAGGAGACAAUGGACAAAUGAAUCCGCUCAUGAGCGAGGUUGACAUUACGCCUGAUGACGACCUAAACAAAAGCCUCAAAUUUUACUGUGAAGCACUCGUUUCGGAGCACGAUGAAGACAUCCUCCGUCUUUUUGCUGCCGAAACGGACAAUUUAGACGUCCAGCUAUGCUCAGAACACGCCAAGGUUUGCGAACAAAGUCUGUCCUCCACGUUUGACACAGAAGGUGGCCAUGAGGAGUUAUGAAAGUGAUCAGUUUUACUAGAGAACAAUGGAACCAUACAUUCCAACGACUUAUAUAAAUUUGUUUGUGUGCUUUUUGAGAGAAUUUAUUGUUGAGAAUAUUAUAUUUUUUAGGUGCUGUUGUUUUUUAAACAUUUUUUUUCGUUUGGGAACCUUUCUGUGAAAUAUAUAUCUAACAUAGUUUGUAAUCAAAAUGUCUUCCUUUUUUCUUUAAAAGACAAUAAUGAUUAAUUUUAAAACAGUGCCAGAUCAAAAAACACUGGACGUUAGCUAGGUGCUCAAUUAAAUUAUUAAUGAUCAUACGAAA